CUCACAUUUGGUUGCGCUGUACUGGUUCCACAACGAUGGCGGAGGAGGAGCUGAAAGCUGUGAAGGAGGAGAAAGAGAAGCUGGAGGCGGCUCUGCAGGAGGAGAAAGAGAAGCGUCUCUCGGAGCAGCAGAGGCUCAAGGAGCGCACCAGGGAGGCCUUUAACAAGCUCAGGGAUGACUCCAACGCCAAGGUGCAGUCCAUGCAGCAAGAGCUGGACGCAGAGAAGGCCAAGCUGCAGGAGCAGCAGGAGGCCGCCAGCAAAGGCGCACAGCAGCUGGCACAGCUCCGGGCGGACCUGUCCGCGGCUAAGGCUGCGGAGUCCGAGCUGCAGCAAGUGGAGAGCCUCCGGGCGGAAGCAGCAGAGGUGCCAAGGCUGAAGGAGAAGCUGGCGCAACUCGAGGCGCAGCAUGCCAGCAGCGCAGAAGAACAAAGUCAAGAGAUUCAAAGAUUGAAGGCAGAGGCUGCGCAGGUUGAACAGCUCAAAGGGCAGCUGGCAGACGUGCAGGCGCAGCAUGCCAGCGCAGAAGAGGAACAAAGUCAGGAGAUGCAGAGACUCAAGGCGGAGGCUGUCCAGGUGGAACAGCUCAAAGGGCAGCUGGCUGAAAUGCAGGCGCAAACCGCGGCUCUGGAGUCCAAGGAUGCAACCUUGGAGCAGUACCGGCAGCAGAUGGAGAGCCUUAGGGCGGAAGCCGCCCAGGCAUCCCAGCUGCAGGAGAAGAUAGCGGAGUUGCAGGCGCAGCAUGCCAGCAGCACAGAGGAACAAAGUCAGGAGAUGCAGAGACUUCAGGAAGAGGCUGCACAGGUGGAACAGCUCAAAGGGCAGCUGGCAGAACUGCAGGCGCACCAGGCGCAAACCGCGUCUCUGGAGUUGAAGGAUGCAACCUUGGAGCAGUACCGGCAGCAGAUGGAGAGCCUUAGGGCGGAAGCCGCCCAGGCAUCCCAGCUGCAGGAGAAGAUAGCGGAGUUGCAGGCGCAGCAUGCCAGCAGCACAGAGGAACAAAGUCAGGAGAUGCAGAGACUUCAGGAAGAGGCUGCGCAGGUAGAGCAGCUCAAAGGGCAGCUUGCUGAAAUGCAGGUGCAGACCGCGUCUCUGGAGUCCAAGGAUGCCACCUUGGAGCAGUACCGGCAGCAGAUGGAGGGCCUUAGGGCGGAAGCCGCCCAGGUGUCCCAGCUGCAGGAAAAGAUCGCAGAGUUGCAGGCGCAGCAUGCCAGUGAAGAGCACAAGGCAGAGGUGUCCCUGCAGGAAAAGAUGGCGGAGAUGCAGGCGCAGCUGCAGGCUGAGACGCUGCAGGUGGAAGGGCUCAAAGUGCAGCUGGCAGAAGCGCAGACUGCGUCCCUGGAUGCCAAUGAUGCCGCCUUGGACCAGUACCGUCAGCAAAUCGAGAGCCUGAGAGCAGACGCCGCGAAGGCGGCGGAGAUGCAAGAGAAGGUGGCGAAGAUGGAGGAGCAGCAGGAGGAGAUGGAGAGGCUCACAAAGCAAGCAGCAGAGGAGAAACAUCAGGCAGCGCUGGAGGCGGCGCAGGAGCAGUAUCAGGAGCAGAUACAGACCUUUGCUGCACAGCUGCAGGACAAGAUGGCGGAGAUGGAGGUGCAGCACGGGCAGUGGUCUGCCAGCGCGGAGCAGCAGCAAAAGGCCAUGGACGACUUGGAGCGGGAGGCCGCCAAGGCAGAGCAGCUCAAAGAGGAGCUGGCGCUGAAGGCAGACGAGGCCGCCUCCCUCAGUGCCACGCUUCAGACCCGAACCGCGGAGGCUGAGGAGCUGAAACGAAGGCUGGCAGAAGCGGAGGCCCAGCAGUCGGAAGCCGGUGACGCCUUGGCCGCCAAUCGCCAGGAGCCAGCGAUUCCGACGAGCAUCACCCAGCUAAGGAAUUUGUGUGCGGACUGGGGGCUCAAGGAGGCCACGUGGCGAUGCGGCCCCGAUGCUGAACCGAAGCUCAUGGCCUGCGAGGGUGACUGCGAGCCAGCGCUGGCUCUGCUGCAGUUUCAACUGGAGGUCAAUGUGUCAAAUGCUUCCAGCUCGGCACUCUUUGGCUCCGGGAUGGAGAUGACGGCGCUCUUGCAAAGCUGGUCUGCGAGUGCCGCCUUGAAGAUGGCGUACAUCCGCAUCCCAACCUGGCUAGUCGUGUUGAUCUUGGUCGUCCUCGCGGUGUCCAGCUUCUACUUGGUGAACUUCUUCAUCUGGCGGGAGCGGAGGAAAACAGCGCAGCAGAGGAUCUUGGAGACGGCCAAGGCGCACGAGGCGGAGGGCAACAUGCUGGGGCGCCUGGUCGAGGCAGCCAUCGAGCACUUCGACCAACAGCUCUUCGGGCUGGCGGUGAACUUUGGCGCGGUGAAGGUGUCGGCGGCCGAGGGAUCGGUGACGAUUCAUGACCUGGUCAUUGAGAAUCCGCCCGGGUACUGGUCGGAUUGCUUCCUGCGCGUGGGGUAUGUGCUGGUAGACAUCGACCUGGCCGCGUUCAUUUCUUCCUUGGGCAAGCAUGUGGUCAUCGAACGCCUGGAGCUGCAAGAUGUGGAAGUUUUCUGGGAGCGCGCUUUUCUGGAAUCGAACUUGCAGAAGAUCCUGUCUCUGCUGCAUCACGGCACGCACAAAGAGGACGAAGCCCCGGAGGCUCACGAGGCUCACAAGGAGGCUGGCACGCAGACCACAGUUCGGGAGGUCGCAGUCGAGGAUGUGAGCCUGAAGAUGGCAGGCUAUUGGCUGGCGGGCUGCGGUCCGAGGAUCCUGGUGCCCGAUUUCUCUUCCCCCAGCCUGGCAGAGGAGAAGGUCGCGCUGGAGCUGCCGCUGAUGCUGCUCAAAGUACUCCUUUCGAGCAUCCUCGCAAGCUUCCUGGGCCCAACGCUCGCGGAGCACAUCAUCGAGGGAGGGCAAUCGGUGACUGACGGCCUGGUGCACCUCUGUGCGGGCCUGAAGAUGUGCCUCCGCCUCAUCUGCCCUUGCGGGCCGGAACCUGCCCCAAAGGAGAAGGUGCCCAAAUCACCCCCGCAGAAGAAGGCGGAGCCGCGGCCAAAAACCGCCGCACCCAGCUCCUGUUGCCUGCCCUGUGAGACCCUCCUGCGGUCCAAUUCGACUCGAUGACCGCAGCUAAGGUGCUGCCGAAUGCACUCAGUUGUUCAGUGGCACCGAUUCGUGUCCCCUUUUUUUUGGUGGCUGCCCCACU